CCACCCAAAACCCUCUCCGGUCCGCUCUCCUCUUCGCCUGCUACCAAAUCCAUCGCCACCUCCUCCUCCCGGUCUCCCCGGAAAUGCUGCUCCCUCUCCGUCGCCUCUCCGGCCACCUCUCCCGCGCCGUCGCCCUCUCCGCCUCCGCCGAUGUGCUGCUCCCGCUCCGCCGUCUGCCCGGCCACCUCCGCCGCUCCCUCUCCACCGCCGCCUCGAACCCUCCCUGGGCGAUGAUCUACCGCCUGUCGGAGACGCCGAACUACACGCGAGGCGCGUCCUUCUCGCUCGCGCCGCCGCCGUCGGCCACUCUCUUCUCCAUCCCCGAGCGGGCGUACGACCUGGAGGAACGCAAGCGCAACCCCGACCGCAGGUACGUCAACGUGCACGCCAGCGUCGUCUUCGCCGCGAGCCAGGACGGCCUUCUCCUCCUGAAGACUACGAGGAUCCGUUUGAGCGCCCACACGGCCGCGGGGCUGAACCUGGCCCGCCCCACGGAACAGGAAGCCAAGGUGGUCAUGGAGGAGGCCGUCGAGCAGGAGUACGUGCGCUACGUGUGCAACCCCAUUACUGGCCAGCUUGUCCGCCUUCCGGACUACUUGGGCAUGAAGGAGAUCUUGCAGACAGCCACGGGCCUGCUCACCCAAGCAGACGGCGGGCACGGGCCGCCUAAGAGGUACGCCGUUGUUGAGCUCCUAGAGCUCAACGACGAGGGGCGCUUCGUGGUGUUUUGCUUCUCCUCGGACACAGGGAAGUGGGACGCCACGGUGCGGCCAUCUCCGCUGCAGCCUGGGCGCGUGAUGCGCUUGUUGAAUCACGAGGUGCUGGCCUUUGGUGGACGUCUGUGGUGGGUGGAUGUGAGCUUGGGCGUCCUCUCCAUGGACCCGUUCAGUGACAAGUGUGAGCUCCGCCACAUCAAGCUACCUCCCGGCAGCGUCCUUCCUCGCCAAUCGCACGCAGAGAUUUGCGACCUUAUCAAAUACAGGCGCAUGGGUGUCAGCGACGGGAGGCUGCUGUAUGUCGAGGUUUCCAUGGAGGCGCCCUACCAGAUCAGGUCAUUCGUGCUGGACGAGGAGAGCGGCCGCUGGACGUUGGAGCACCAGGUGUCACUGGAUGCCAAGGAGAGGCCUUUGGUUGGUCCUAUUGAUCCGCUCAACGCUGACUUGCUGUACCUCAACUUGGGCGCUGAAGUUAUUGUUAGCGUGGACAUGCGCCGGAACAGGAUCAUUGCUCAGUCAUCUGUGUUGGCCAGUGGUAUCCAGCCAUGCUAUUGCGGGUCAAAUGUGUUCUUGCCAUGUGUGCUUCCGUCAUUUCUUGGAUCAAGCCAGAUUCCAGGCAAGAAGGGUGCCCCAAAACAGCAAACAUUAGCUGAUGCUCUGGUUCGUUCAGACAAAUGCUAGAAGAAAUUAAGGUUUCUUAGAACUAACAGGUGCAGGUGCUCUGAUGACUUAGGAAGCUGAUGAUGGUAGUUUGGUGAACUCUCGUUUUGCGGAAAACCUGGAGAAACAUGCUGUUUUAGGAAUUUGGUCGCAUUUUGGGGUUAGGAUUAACCUGAGAAGUUUGGCCUUGGUGUAGUUUGCUGACGAACCAUGUGAGUUGUUCCGGACCUACAGUGUCAGCCUGAAUAUUCCCAGCAUAUUUCUCAAUUGAACCACCAGGUAAUAUGACCAGUACAUCGAGCUGUUACGUUCUGCUAUUGUUAAGUGAGAAACGAUGGGGAUUUUUUUUAACUGAAUGUGCCGUGGUGGCUGGCAUUCAGAUUCAGUCGUUGUGGCCUUCUGAAUGUGGCCUGCUAUGCUAAUUCAGCCCAUCGGGGAGGGCGGCCAGUUUGACUGAAGGUGGCCGUGCUGUUGCAUCCUCAUCAACCUCUUCCCAGCUUAGGUGGAAUGAUCAUCCCCUCGUUCCCACGAACCGAAUAUUCGGGGCCAGAUCCGGAACAGGUGAGACCUCCAAAUCGAGCGGACCAGGCGGAACCGCUCUUCUCCUCGCGCUCGCGCAGCCCUAUCUCUCUCGUACGGCUCCUCUCCCCGUCUCUCCUCUCCCGCGAUUUGCGCCGCCGGCCCUCCUUCUCCGGUCUGCGCCGCUGGCCAUCUUCCUUCGAUCUACAACGCCGGCUCCCUCGUCUCAUACUCCUCCGAAGCACAGUCUCACUCUCCUCUGAACCACGCGUGGCGGGCGAGCGGGUUCGUGUCGAUCUUGCAGCAGGGCAACAGCGGCGCCACACGUCGGAAAGCGCCGCGCCGCCGUGCUCGACGGAGAAGCCGGCCGUGGUCGUGCGUGGGGACGCCAAGGCCAAGCCGCUUAUCCAGCCGGUCGCCACGCUCGGCUGUUGUUUUUCUUCUCUUGUAGCUGCUGUUUAUCUUGUGGUUGAAUUCGAUUCUUGUAUCA